GGAUUCUGUAGCUAAAAUUGUCAGUUGCUUGCCGGACUCUUCCUUGGGUAGUGUUUGAGUCACGUCUGAGCUUUUUUCGAAGCGCACGAUUGAGUCAAGAGGUUGUGGUUGAGUGAACGUGUCGGAGUAGCGGCAGUGUUCGAGUGAUGAGUUCAUAGCUGCGGAGUUUUUUCGUUUUUAUCCAUUUAUUUAUUUUUAUUGGGAGGAAUUUCGAGUUGUGAUUUGAUGACGCUCACAGGGAUUCAGGGGUUUUGGUUUUACAGGUUUGUGGAUUUGGAAAGAAUGAAUGUUUCGUUUUCGUUGGGGAUGGUAGGUCUGUUGCACUAGAAUUGGUGGAUGCUGAUUUUAUUGGUUUUUUUUUUGGAUCUUUCAUUUGUAGAAAUAAGCGUCUACUGUGUUCCGGAAAAUAUGCUUGCGUUUCUUGGACCUUGUAUAUCUAAGUAUGCCCUGUUGUGAUAUUUUUGAACUCUCAAGAACAGGAUAGUAGGGUCUGAUGGAGAGCAGUUGUAUUUCACUUGCAGAACGAAGUCAUUCUCUACUGAUAAAUUGUUAAAUAUUUCACCUAUUGAAUGCGACUGAUCUGAUAGAAUUGAUGGCUCCGGUCUGUCGUGGAUAUCCACCCAUGUCACUUAAGAGAUUCGUCUGCCACGUCUCAAUGUGUCUACAUAGACAUGUUGUGAAGAGAUCUGGAGGGCGAGGGUGUUAAUUUUGGUUAUGUGGUAUUUUGGCGUCAAUCGGAAUUGCAUGUUUCCAAUGGAACUAGAAGAAGUGCAAACAAUCCUCAACGCAUGAGAUUUUUACGCUUUUUAGUUGAAUUUGUUAUGCUGUUUUGUGCCUCUCUUCAGCUUUGAACCGUGUAAUUAUUUUGGAUUUCGGUAUGGUCAUCGAUUCCUGUUGAUAAGUGGAUCGAAGGCGUGUGUGUGUUGCGGAUUUUUCCUCCUCAACCGCUAUGGUCAAGUCGUGUGUUCUGAGCAUGAUUGUAUGUGGUAAUGCCUCCCUGUUGUUUGAUAAUGAGAAUAGUUUUUUUACUUUGUUUCCUGGCUUUUGGGGUUACCAGUGGCUAAAAGCUAUGAGUCAUGUGGGAAAUGGUGGUUGUGUUCUAAUUUCAAUAUCCUCGCAUUAAGGAUGUGUUGUCUGUAAUUUUGACCUCUACAUCUUCGUGGCAUGCUCCAGGGAGGAAUAAUUCAUGACAAAAUGAGAAGACAGAAGCUUGAUGCAACUGGCAUUCGUUGCACAGCCAAUUCGGAAAAGCCUUUGCAAAUGUUUUUAGCCACAGGAUAGCCUCCGAUCAAGGUUUUAAUUACGCGAACGGUGGAUCGAAAUUUUUUACUUGUGUUCCUACACCAUAUUGGGAACGUAUUCUGCUGAUUGUUGCGUAGCGGAAAGGCUGAUUUAGCUAUUACGAAUUUCGAAGAGGCCACAAUACUUUGCUUCAUUCUGCAAUCAAUUACCCUGUGCUCUAUAAUCGGAAGUUUGUAGUAGAAAGAUUUCAAACAUGUCAGACAUGGGGCUACCAGUUCUAAUCAUGGGUCGGAAAGCGUGGCUAAAGUUAGCUGAGCCUACAAUGAUUGAAAGUUUCGCUUUGAAAUCUGGGGAGCUGUCCUUACUUACGUGGGCGCUGAUGAUCUCGGCUGCAUUUGUCAUGUUUGGUCUGUGCCUCUCAUCCUAUCUUUUAUUUCACCACCUAUCAGGCUACAAUAAACCCACGGAGCAGAAGUGGCUGAUAGGUAUCAUUCUCAUGGUUCCUGUUUAUACUAUUACGUCGGUUUCAGUUUUCAUCAUUAUGUUUUCCCAUGUAUUCGAUAUACUUCGAGAUCAUCGGCAAUUGCUACGAAGCAUUUGCGUUGUAUUCCUUUGGACGGUACCUCAUUGCUUGCAUGGGAGGAGAAGAAUCGGCUGUUCAGAGACUGAUCAAGCAAGGCGCAGAAGGAGGAAACGACCCUUUGCUUGAUAAGGAAGAGGGGCCACAUGAGGUGGUUCAUCCAGUCCCUCUUGGAUGGGUCAUGCACAACUGGAAGCUUGGUCGUUCUUUUUUCGACUCCGCUAAGUUUGGCAUUGUUCAAUAUAUGAUAAUCAAGGUAGGUUGCUCGUGGGUGGCGUUUAUUCUGAAUAUGUUUGAUUUAUAUGGCGAAGGAGAGUUCGAUUUCUCCAUGGGGUACCCGUAUAUUACAGUUAUUCAGAAUUUCAGUCAGAUGUGGGCCCUCUACUGCCUCAUCCAGUUUUAUUAUGUCACGAAGCAUCAGCUUCACGAAAUUAACCCUCUCGCUAAGUUUCUGUGUUUCAAAGCUGUCGUCUUUGUGACAUGGUGGCAAGGUGUGAUCAUUGCGUUGCUCUUUGAUACGGGAUUAGCAAAGAAGUGGCUGCCGAGUCACACCUCACAAGAGCAGACUGAUAUGCUCCAGACCAAUUUUCAAGAUUUCCUUAUCUGUAUUGAGAUGGCCAUUGCUGCAGUAGCGCAUAUUUAUGUCUACCCAGCAGUGCCAUAUCGAAGGGAAAGCUCUAAAAAUUUGAACAAGCUUGACAGUGUUGCCUCUGAGUUGGAAGAAGACAUUGAAGUUGCUGCUACUAGUUUAAAGGAAAGCGUGAAAGACGUUGCCGUGGGUGGCGGAGAACAUGUUGUAGAGGACGUGAAGACAACUGUGGCACAGGUAGUUGAGCCUGUCGAGUCCGGUAUUACAAACUUGAAUGAAACAUUUCAAGUAAACGUUUCAAAAGUAAAUGCAAAACUACAAGACAACGUCUCAAAAAUAAAUGAAAACGUUCACGAAAAGGUAGAGAAGUGGGGCGGCAAGAGGAGCCAAGAGGUUCGCAAAGAAGGUCAGUAUCUUGUAAACCAAGGCGACGCGGAUGACACCGACAUAGUGCAGACAGAGGAACAUGUCCGUGUCGAGCACGAGACCGACAAGAGCGAAAGUUCAGGAAGGUUGCAUUCAGAACAGUCCAGUGCUGAAACCGGAGUUAUGAAAGAGGAGGUUUCAGGUACAACAACUAGCCGUAGUGCUGGUGAGGAUGUCCCAAGAGAGGAGACCACCAGUUUCACUCAGCAAAAAGAGAAAAAAGGAAAAGCAGAAAAGAGAGAAACAAGCAGCGAGACUAAAGAGAUAGACGAUCGUGGGAGAUUAAAGAAGGACGAGGGCUUGAGUGUAGAUGAAAUGUACCACCUCAACAACACAGGUGAUGUUGCGAAAAAGGAGACGACUGCACACAAAUUUGAGAAGAAUGAUGCAGGAGAAGUUGUGAAGGAAGAAAGAUCAGAAGAGCGAGAAGAAUUGGACGAAAAUGGUCACAUGUCUAAAAAGGAGGUGAAGAGGAAUGUUGAAGACGGGCAAGUUGUGGACGCUUUGGACGAUAAUUGUCAGGGUUGAGCAUUCUGAAAACGUUGGAGCAAGGAUUCAUCCUGGCUAAAAACUCUCUCCCAGUAGGGUUCAUCUGAGGAACAACCUGCUAUGUACAGUAUGAAUCUGCGAAUCGUUUUUGACCAGAGCAAGCUCAGAGAGGGUAGUGCCUGAGCAGACUGGUCAGCCCUUGCUGACAGGUGUAGAAUAUGAUUAAUCUAAGUCUGGUAAUCUUCAAGUAAGCUUUGAAUGCAUGUGUAAUAGGAUUGCUAGACCUUCCAUGGAAGCCACACUGCUGAAAUCCAACGCGUUGUUUACUUGAAGUUUCUGUGGAGAAAUUUACUGAAAUCAAAUUUGCAGGUUGUGAGGUUUACAACUUAUACUGGUGAUAAUCACCUGGAUCAA